AUGUAUAACACUGAAGAUUGUUCUCAACCAAAAUUUGAAGAUUUAAAAAGUAUUUAUAAAAUAUAUUAAGAUUUAAAAUGUGCUAAUCCAGAGCAUUAAAUCGUAUUUAAUUAAUUAUACUUGAUCAGAAUCUAAAGUAAAAUUAAAGACUUUUAUGUUAUCUUGUAUAAAAGAUUUUGAGUCGAAUUAAAAAACUAUCGGAUUUGAGAGAGCAAUUUUAUUGACUUAUGAAAAUUACUAAAAAAAAAAGGAAUUAAGAGAUAUAGUACUUAAUGAAAAUAUAAAAUUACUUGAGGAGUUAAAAAGCAGCUUCCUCUCCAUAAAGACCUUUGUAAACUAAAUAAUAGAGGAAAUGAUGUAAACUACAUAGUUUUGGAUGAAAGAUUUGAAUUAAAUCAAAUCAUAAUAAUAUUAAUUUUAUGAUGAAAUAGAUUAGUUAAUAAAUUAAAAUUAGAAUAUUGAAAUCGAUUAAAUUGUUCAGGAAACCAAAAUACUAAAUAAUAAAUGGAUUUCAAAGUUAAAGGAGAAUAUAGAAUGGUUUUCCAAAUUUAAAAAUUAUUCAGAUUGUGUAAACAAAUUGAAGAAUUUGUCAGAAGGAAAAGUUGAGAAUUCAUAAUUAACUAAAGAUUUGGGUUUAAAAUGUCAGCAAUAAUAAUAAACCUUAUAGUUAGAUUGUAAAAGAGGAAAUAAUUUAUGUUAAAUUGUUGAUCUUAAACAAGAAAAAACGAACAAUUAACCAUAACAACAAGGAAAAAAAAAUUCACUACAAAAUUAUUAAUCAAUAAAAUACCCAUAAGGACGUAUUCUGCACCUACAUAGGUAGUUUGCCAUUAAUUAUAAUAUGUAUACCCAGGUAAACUUAACUAGAAUAAUUGUAAUAUAAACAAUAAAAAUGUUUACAAUGUAACAGAAUUGCUUCUUAAGCUUAAACUUUGAAUGA